AUGGAUCUCUAUCACUUCGCUUUUCUCUGCGGGGCUCUGCUGUUUGUUUGGGAAAUCCCCUGUUUUCACACUCUUGCUAUUUUCCCUCCAGCUUCCCCGAAGAGCAGCAAGGUCUCGAUGAUUUUUGAUAGGCAAGAAGCUUCUAGGUAUUUCAAGGAGUUUCACGCGCCGCGAUCCAUCGACAGAAACAAUAAAGCAAAAUCUAAAGACUCCAUUGAGCCACAUGACUACAUGCUGUCUAUUUACAAGACCUUCUCCACGGCGGAGAGGCUGGGACUCAACGCCAGUUUCUUCCGGUCCUCUAAAGCCGCAAACACUAUUGCAAGUUUUGUAGACAGUGGACAAGAUGACCUCCCACUCUCCCCUCUGAGGAGACAGCAGUAUCUGUUCGACGUCUCAACACUCUCCAAAAAGGCGGAGGUACUGGGAGCCGAGCUCAGGUUAUACACCAAAGUGUCUGGGAAUUUCAGGAUAUCGGAAACAGAACCUGUCGACAUCCAGCUCCUCUCCUGCCACGACCGGCAGCUGCUCAACUCCAAAACAUUGGACUUGCAGGAUUCCCAAAGGCCGAAGUGGGAGGUGUUGGACGUGUGGGAAAUAUUCAAAGAGCAGCAGCACCUGAGCCAGGGGAAGCACUUCUGCCUGGAGCUCAGGGCCAUGCUGGACAACCCAGAGAGGGAGAUGGACCUGAACCUUCUGGGCUUGCACAGGCACAGCAGGCCUCAGCAGAAGAAGACCAUUUUAGUGGUGUUCACCAGGUCUAAAAAGAGGCAGACCCUCUUCAGUGAGAGGAGAGAGGGGAGAGCGUUGCUUGGUCUGGAGAGGAAGGCCAAAGACAGGGGCCCUGGUGCCAAAGCCAUCAGGAGAAGGAGGACGGCUGCGUCCAAAACCCGCCACGGGAAGAGACACGGCAAGAAGUCUAGAUCCAGGUGCAGCAAGAAGCCGCUGCACGUCAACUUCAGAGAUCUGGGCUGGGACGACUGGAUCAUCGCCCCGCUGGACUAUGAAGCGUACCACUGCGAGGGGGUGUGUGACUUCCCCCUGCGCUCCCACCUGGAGCCCACCAAUCACGCCAUCAUCCAGACUCUGAUGAAUUCAAUGAACCCCAGCAACAUGCCGCCCAGCUGCUGCGCCCCCUCCAAACUCAGCCCCAUCAGCAUCCUCUACAUCGACUCAGGAAACAAUGUGGUGUACAAACAGUACGAGGACAUGGUGGUGGAGUCUUGUGGCUGUAGGUAG